AUGGCGUAUACGAGCCUUCAGGUCCGUUCUAGCCACCAAAAUUUCAUAGAAGAUUCAUAUUUACUUCUUGACGCCAUAGAGGCGCUGUACUCGACACCGACAUCUCAUAUCCCCGUACUUGCCUUGGAAAUUGGAACCGGAAGCGGGAUCAUCUCUGCAUUUGUUAAAGGGAUCCUCAAAGGAAACACUUUUGUUCUGGGGAUCGAUAUCCAUUUAAAGGCAAUCGAGGCUUCGCAUCAUUGUGCGCUUUUGAAUCGCUGCCAGAUUAAUUUGGUCAAUGCCGAUGCGCUUACAUGUGGUUUUCGGCAAGCUUCGCUCUUUGAUUUGAUUGUUUGCAAUCCGCCAUAUGUCCCCACUACGGAGGAGGAGCUUUUAGAUGCCGUUGGAUUGGAGAAAUCGUGGGCAGGCGGCCCCACAUCUGGCACCAACUCGAUGAUUUCAUAUUUGCUGUCGCAAGGUGUUCUUGAGUCGAUGCUCUCACCGAUCGGCGGAACUUUUCUGCUUUUGGUGGAAUCUGCCAAUCGACCUAUGGAUCUAAUUGCUCGGUUUUUGAAUUGCCAUUCUCCAGAGCAUUGGUGUAUUGAUGUACAUUUUCGUGCUUAUUUGUAG